UUUUAAAUUGGCAUACUAAAGAAAAAUCUGUUAAGAAAAAAUGGCGUUUAUAAAAUUGUUAUUCUUUACUUUUUUCGGUGUUUUUUUGCUCUGUGUCAGUGGAAUUGCUCAAUCUGAUGACGAAAAUAACGCAACAAAAUGGCAUAAUGAUAUGAAAAAUAGAUACUAUGAUCAAUGUAUACAUUUCAUGUCGGAAGAGAGUCGCCAAGAACUCGAUGAUAAUUAUAAAGCGGAUAAUGAAGAGAUUCGUCGCUGGAAAUCGUGCGUUGCAGAACUUCACGGAUAUACGGAAAAUUCAAAAAUUAAUGUUCACACAAUUAUGGAAGAUGUCAAAAAAUAUUUUCCGGAUCUAAACCCUGCGAUACUAUACUCUGUUGAAUCUUAUGCAAGAAUGUGCAAAAUAGAAGCUGAAAAAACUGAUGUGGCAAUAGAUGUCAUAGGAAUUUUUUUCAAUUGUGUAUUCGACAGAUGCUAAAUUCUACAAACAUGUCCUACAGUGCUCUUAUGUUUGAAGCUUAUUAAAAUAAUAUACAUAAAUUGUAAUAAUUACACGUUGAUUCUAUAAAGGAAAAUAAUAACACAAUACUCGAUUAUUUGUGUAUUCUGUAUUCCUAUGUAUAUACAUAUACAUAUAUAAAGA